AGAUUUUGGGUAAAAGAUAUCCAUCUCACACUACUAUCCCCCCCUCAAUUAAUAACACCCACCACAAUUUGGACAUAGAAAAUGUGUACUUUAAAGUACUGUCUGAAGUCUGAACUUGGAAGGAGAGAAGAGGGGGGAGCUCUUUUUUUAUUUCAUGUUUUUUAUCUUUGUUUUCUUCCUUCUUCUGUUUCUUUUUGAUCAAGUCGUACAAUAAAAAAAAGAAAACCCACCCACUUCUCAAAACCCUUUUCUUUAAAAGGGUUUUGAGAAUGAAGAAGAUUUUGAGGUGGUGAUGAUGAUGAUGAUGUUGAGGGGUCAGUCGGGAUUUGGUAGCUCAAGAUGUCAAGACUGUGGAAACCAAUCAAAGAAAGAUUGUGUUUAUAUGAGAUGCAGGACUUGCUGUAACAGUAAAGGCUUUGAUUGUCAAACACAUGUGAAGAGUACUUGGAUUCCUGCUUACAAAAGGCGCCAGAGGCACCAACAAAUACUUGUUCCAGCUUCUUCUCUUCAACAGCACAAUAACCCUAAAAGGCUAAGAGAGGAGAAUCCAUCUUCAUCAGAGCUAGAAGAGAUGAAUUUUCCGUCGGAAGUUAACUCGCUGGCGACGUUUCGUGGCGUCCGAGUGAGCUCCAUUGAUGAAGCAGAUGAUGAAAAAUAUGCAUACCAGACAAGUGUGAAUAUAGGUGGACAUGUGUUCAGGGGAAUUUUGUAUGAUCAAGGCCCUGAAGCAAGCCAUUACACUCAAGGUGAGAGCUCUUCUAGUCAAGUACAUGUAGCCAAUGCUGCUCAUCAUCAAGCCCUAACUACUACUACUGCUGCUUCAGCUGCAGAAGAAGUACCAGUUCUUCCUCCUAACUCAUUUCCAUCCCCUCUUAAUUCUUUCAUGUCUGGUAUGCAAUUUUUCCAACACCCAAAAUCUUCUUGAUUAGGCUAUCACUUUGUUUUUUGUUUCUUCAAGAAAAAGAAAAAAAUGGAGAUCUAGAGAUCUAUAAGCCUAGUUAUUAGCCAACCUUGUUCUUUAACUUGUUCAGAUUGCACUGUUGUUGAUAAAGUCCUAAUGUAUUUUACUUCUAAUUGAUUAAACUAAACAUGAAUAAAAACAAGGGAGAUGAACUUAGUCUUGUACAAAUUUCAAUGCAUAAAUCAUAUGAUGUCCUUGAUAUGAUAUUUAAAUGUUUGGUAUAUAUGCUACACAGGUAGGUUUAGUCUUUUGUCUUGUUUUGUUAAUAUUUGUUUAAUUGUUGUUUAUCAACUUCUAAGCUACUUUUUUCCCUAUAAUCCAUACUCUUGCCGGGUUCAAACCAGACUUUACUACCUGUUUGUCAUGUGUUAGGACAAAUUACUUAGAUUACAUGGAUUUGGAGAUAGAUUUUAUAUGUUUUUCUUUGUUUGUUUCACCAAUGCAUGAGGCUGCAAACCCAAAAUAAUAUUCAGGAACACUGGCUCACCCUAUGUUAGGAUCUAAGGCAAUCCUGAUUUUCCAUAGCAGCUUUUGUUUCCUUCAUUUGCAACCAUUUUUAAAUGUUAAAAACCCUAGAAAGCUGAGAGAAAAGGCUAGGGUUAAUUUGAUUUUCAUUCUAACACACUAAUCACAUGUUUCUCUCUGCAUCUUUCGUUCAAAAAUUUCAUCAAUAAUCAAUUUCAAAUGCAUUUCCCUCUCAUAUAUAUAUAUAGUUUCCUGCUUAUAUAUGCUUGAUAGUCUUCUCAGGAAUACAUGUUAGGGUUUGGGUGAUGUUGUUGAAGCACAAAUUAAUAUAUUAAUCAAGGUAUAAAAGGCUAGGGGAAUAAUCACUCUUUAACCAUAAAGCAUAAGCUAAUUUUUUCUUUUCAAGUUGGAUACUUUAUGGUUGAAUACAAAAGGGGGGGAAAAAACACUUGGUGGGCAUCUUGUAGAUUUAAGAUUGAUGAAGACUUUAGAAAGGACAGCACCAUGCAUAUAAUUAACCCCAUGUUUAAUUAAUUAAUUAAUUUUUAAUACACCCAAGAGGCAAUCAUGCAAAAGUAUU